AUGCUCGUCACCAAGGUAGCUUCCCUCCUCGCCCUCGCGGCCUGCGCCGUGGCCGCCCGCAGCAGCAAGCAAACCAUGUCGGACAUCGACAACAUCUCGAACAACGUGGACCGGUUGAACGGGGCCCUGAAGGACUACAACGGCGGCAUGGUCCAGGCGCUCCCCGUUGCCUACGCCUUGCGCGACACGACCAACAGCGUCAGCGAUGCCCGCGCUCACGUGGAGGGCAACGAGCCCUUCGCCGACGAGGAUGCCGAGGCGACUCGCAAGGCCUGGGAGCAGCUAGAGCCAUCCAUCGUGGAGACCGCUCGUCUGGGUGCUGAGAAGGCCCCUCAAUUCAAGAAGGCUGGAGCUGGUGGCGUAGCUAGCAAGAUGUUGGGCGAGCUUGACGAGGAGCGAAGGGGCUUGACCAGCGACAUGCAGCGGAUGUCUGAGUCGGAGUACCAGAACUUCCAGCCGCAUAACGAGCGGAUCAACGGGGCGUUUGACGACCUGAUGAACACCUACAACAACUAG